AUGGAAUCCUUUCCCAAAGAGGAAAAAAGACUUACUACUAAAGAAAAAUAUGGACGUGUGCUUUCUUACGCUGCAUUUGUGACUGUAUCAUGCAUAGUGUGUUUUAGUCUCUUUAACGUUUCUGAUGAUGUUCUUCCAGAGUUAUUCUCUGGUUUCUGGACUACUUCACUGCUUCCAGAAUAUGAAGGGAUUAACCUUACUUGCUCAUAUGGAUCUAAAGGGCGCUGUACCGCAUUUAUCAGGGUUUCAGAUACUGUAGUAGAUAAUCUUUCAAUGAAAUUUGUUUCUUCGCAAGCUGCAGGCUGGGUUGCAGUAGAACCCAUUGCUGAGGAUGGCUGGAUCGUGUUAAGGAGCUCCAAAGGACAGUUAAUACUUAGGAUCCUGAGUCUUUCUGGGGUUAAGACAUUUUCAUUAGAUCGCAGGUUGACCGAUAAAAAGUCUACUUCUUUAUGGGGAAAGAAAUGGAAACAAGUAUGCGCAAUAUUUAUUGUUGUUGGUUUGUUUAAAUGGUUUCAGCUAAAAUAUUUCUCCCAUGGACUUAUUAAUCAACGUAGACGGCGUUACAGAGAAAGGUUUAUUAAGACCGAUAUAAUGAAAAAAAGAAAUUAG